CUGCCCGGCGUCCCCCCCGGUCCCGUCGCUCGCCGGAUCCGAGCCUUAAACCCUAGAGCCUGCAGGCUGGGCUCCCCCCGCGGCGGCAAUGGAGGACGAGCAGAUGGACAAGAAGGUGCAGGAGUACCUGCAGCGCAAGGGCCUGCGCGUCGCCGAGCUCCCGCCACCCGGGGACCGCGCCCGCCUCCCUGCCUCCGUGCACCCCAACGUCGCGCUCGCCAGUAUGCCUGGCGGUUUUCUAAGCUUUCCCCCAAAUGGUCAUGCUUAUUUUGCGCCACCAUGGCCACCACAACCACUUCCUGUUCCAAUGGCUCAACAUGCUGCGUUUGGUUCAAAAAGUAAACCUGCCAUCAACAUUGAUGAUGGCGAUGAUGUUAGGACUGAGAAGCGCCUGUCAUGGAAACCAGAUGAAGACUUGAGAUUGGUGCGCGCUUGGUUAAACUGUUCCAGUGACCCUCUCAGCAGUAAUGGCAAGAAAAAUGAGCAAUACUGGGGAGAUGUACUUGCAUUCUACAAUAGCACCACAUCUACAAAACGGAAAAGGAAAGUGAAGCAUCUUAAAGAUCGAUUUCAAAAGAUUAAGAGAUGGGUUGGGUUUUUCUGCUGGUCAUUGAAGAAGGCUGCAUCAAUUGAAGAAAACAGUCAAUCGGAUGACCAAUUGAUGGAAAAGGCUCUGCAAUUUUAUUUGGACGACUAUAAAGAAGGCCCAUUCGUAGUUCUGCAUUGCUGGAAGGCUCUCCGUGACGAACCCAAGUGGCAUGCAGUCUUGGAGGACCUUGAGAAAUCAAACAAAAGGAAACUGGGUGAUGAGGGAGAGGUAGGGAACAGCACACCCACAUCUGAAGAUACCAGAGAAAAGGAACAUCCAACAGUGGAGAAAGAAGCUAAGAAACAAUGCAAUGGCAAAGGCAAGGUCAAGGCUAUUGACAAGGGUUUGGAUGAAGAUAUAAAGAGGUGCAUUGAUAUUCAUGCUGCAACUAAAAAACGCCAUGAAGAAUUCAUAAAGGUCCAGCUGCGGGUUUCUGACGCAAAGGUUGAGGCGGCGAGGCUCAAGAGGGAGGCUGCUAUGCUGAAAACAUACACGUCUUUUAUGGGCAUGGAUACUAGGGAGAUGACUGAUGAGCUGAAAUCUGAGCAUGCAAUAGGCUUGAAGCUUCUGCGAGAGAAAUUGUUUGGCAACAAUAAUUGAGGUACUUGCCCAAUUUGCACUCCCCAUCUGAUCUGAUAGGUAUGGAAACAGCUUCUGGGGAGGUGUUGCAUGGGCAUGGUUUUCAUGGUUGUCUCUGGAAAUGCAUGUGCAAGCUGUUUUUUCUGUUUAAAUGUGUUCUAACCCUGGAACACGUUCUGUCCUGUGUACAAGAUGUAAAGGUGCUAACAUGGUAGUGGACUAGUGGUACUCGUUUUAGAGGACAUGCCGACAUGGUAGUGAUACUACUAGCGGUGGUUGAUUUGGGUGCCUCUUCUGAAGCUGAUGCCUCUUUGUGGCUCUGUGUUUUUUUUUUUGAACUCUGUGGCUCUGUGUUGGGGCUCAAUGUGAGAAAGUUCUAACCUUGUCCAGUA